AUGGUGGAAGAUCGAUCACAAGAUUCGUGUUUGAGUACAAGGGUUUUGUCUGAAUCAACAUGGUCCAAAUCUUGCUUGUAUCAAGAGGAUAAUGAUGAUAAGGUCACCAAUGGCAAAAGCGCUUUAGAGGUUGUUGGUGGUGAGAUCAUUAGACCCACCAAGUCACUUAAACUAAUGCGCUUCUCGAUUGUGUACGAUAGUGAUUCUUCUGACUAUUCAUUGAGUGGUGAACAUGCUGCAUAUGGAACGCGUCAGGAGCAAGAACAGUCUGAUUCUAACAACAACAACAACAACGGUGGAGAUUGUCAUUCUCUUUUCAACGUGAUUGGUCGUGAAAAUUCUAUAGACGGUCUGCUCCGCUGCUCCAGGUUUGAUUAUGGUUCCAUUGCUUCCGUGAACCGGAAUUUUUGCUCUUUGGUGAAGAGUGAAGAUAUCUAUAAGCUAAGGAGACAGAACAGGUUUGUGGAGCAUUGGGUUUACUUCUCUUGCCAGCUUUUGGAAUGGGUUGUGUUUGAUCCUGUAGAGAGAAGGUGGAUGCAGCUGCCAACAAUGCCUCCGACGAAUGGCGCACCUUCUAUUGUUGCUGUUGUGAAUAACCAACUAUAUGCUGCUGAUCACGCCGACAUGGAAGUGAGGAAGUAUGACAAGGAGGAGAAGAGAUGGUUUACUGUUGGGAGAUUGCCUGAGAGAGCUGGCUUGGUUAACGGAUGGGGGCUUGCUUUUAGAGCUUGUGGGGAGAGGUUGAUUGUUAUAGGUGGACCCAGGAGCUCAGGAGGUGGUGGGUUUAUAGAGCUAAACUCUUGGAUACCUAGCAACGGUGGUCCGCCGCAGUGGACAUUGCUUGCUAGGAUACAUUCUCAUAACUUUGCGUACAAUUGUGCAGUGAUGGGUUGUUGA